AACAUAAUAAUUACAAUAUUACUACACUUUGCUUAUUAUAAUUUACGCAUUACAAUUUAACCGUAUUAUUAUCUUCUAUUCUUUAUAUCCAAUCUCAAAUAUGGUCAAUUAUUGCGUAGCAUUAAUGCAUUUACCUGUUAAUGUUUAACACUCAAAUAAAACCCAAAAAACUUACAUCUUAUUAUUAGUCAAAUUGCACCACAAAUCACACUUGUCUUGAAAUAUAUCAACAUUAUCAAGCAAAUAAAGCAAAUUUUAAGUAAAUUUCUGUUAAUUAUAUUGAUUACAAAAUUAUAUAAUUUGUCACUUACAUUUACAUUUUGCACAAUGCACAUUCUCUUUGUUGUUACUUCUGGCCCAAUGGUUUUUCCAUUGCUCAUGACAAUGAAAAAAGUCGUCAUACGCAGUGCAUAGACAUCGUAAUAUCUUUUUUCACGUUUAUCUUACUACCAUCCAUCAUGCAUUGCAUGAGCUAAUAAAAUAUGAGCUUAAUAGAGAUAAUAUGUUUCAUUCGUGGUUGAUAUCCUAUAAUGUCUCACGAUAAAGUUCGUAAUGCGAUUCUGAAUUUGCAAUAUCAAAAGUUGUACUCAUAACGGACAGUUUCGAAUGUUCAGUCAUCCGUAUAGUUUGUGCAACUACGAUAAUGUCGGAUGAUGUUUGGAACGAUGGUAUCGCUUAUGAGUUCUCUACUCUUAGAACAUUUAUGCAAAUACUCGGUAUAUGGCCGCUACAAAAGAAGACAGUAUUCACGGUAAUCCUUUGGAACAUAAUAACAAUUCUACAGGUACGUUGAUAGCGCGUUGAGGGAAACAAUUUUGUAGGAACGCGAACAGAAAAUAAGUAUACUAGAAUUACCUUCAAUUUUAAGAAUUUAUGUACAAAAAAAUCGUCAAAUAUUUUAGUAAACAGUUCGUAUUUUUCAAUUGUGAUGUAAAUUUUAAAUCGUUAUUAUAUAUCGCACUUUCUAAGGCAACGGGAUCAUUAUUAGUUGUCACCACUCAUCCUCCUGUAUAUGGAAUUGACUGAAACUAAAAAUGACGCCGGUAGAAACAUGGAUGCCAUAACGUAUUGUGUAUGCACGGUUUCUAUAAAUUUGAAAUAUUUGUUUAUUAUUGCUAACCGAGAAAAGUUGGCCAAAAACAUUAAUGAUGCUAUUGCCGAUUGGUUGUCAGCAAAGAAUAAUGAGAAAUCGUACAAGAUUAUGAAAAAAUAUGCAUCUACAUCCAGACUAUGUACUUUUAUUAUGGUGUACUUGUGUUACAUAGUUGGUUCUCUUUAUAUACUGACUGUUGUUGUUAUAAACGUGAAAGAAAUAUUUUUUGAAGAUCGAAUGAACAUAACAGACGGUAUCAAUACAAGAAAUAGGAUGUUUAUAAUUCCAUGUGGUGAAUUAGGCAACAAAAUGACCGAGUUACAGUACGCAAUAUUUACUAUCGUGAAUACUGUUCAAUUACUCGUAAUAUGUACAACGCAAUCAAUUACGGACUGUUUUUUCAUUAAUGUUACUCUACACAUCAGUGGUCAACUUAAAGUGCUUAAAACAAAAUUUAAGAGUUUUACAAGCAAACCAGAUACUCACAUAAAUUAUCGAAAGCAAUUUAUUAACUUGGUUAACAGACAUUGCAAAUUAAUGGAGCAUAAUCAGAAUGUUGAAGAUACAUUCCAUCUGUGUAUAUUGUUUCAAUUUGUAUCAGUAACGCUCCUACUCGCUCUAUUAGGAUUACGCAUACUACUUUUCUUUAAAAACGGCGAUUAUAUCGAGUCAAUAAAAACUAUUUUAUUCUUGAACUACAUGUUCAUAGAGUCACUGCUGUUCUGUUAUGGCGGUGAUUUUGUACAAAAAGGAAGUGAGGGUAUAUUCCGUGCAAUGUACAUGACUUCCUGGGUUACAUUUCCUGUGACGUUGAUGAAGGACUUAAAAUUUGCGAUAAUGAGGUCGAGCUAUCCGUUUCGUCUCACUGGUGGAAAAUUUUUUUAUGUUAAUUGCCAGACGAUGGUGUACAUCCUGAAGACGGCAGCUUCAUAUAUUUCGGUUUUACGAGUGGCACUAAAAGAUUAAUAAAAAUUAACAAUUCUAAUUAGGACUUACAGAAUAAAAGUUAUUGGUGCUAUACGAAAUUUGUAAAUAGAAUUAAUUAAAAUAUUAUCAAACAUAAUUUUAUAUAACAUUUAAUUUAUAUAUAUUUUAAUAUAGUUAUUUAAUUAAUAAUAACAAAAGAAUA